UCGUCUCUGUGCGCCUGAUUAUUUUUACACUGUCGAGUCUGGCGGUGAAAUCCAGGUCAUCUCCGCCGGAUCACCAGCCGACACGGCUCAAGCUUCUGCUCUCCGCGGAUCCGCAGUGCUAUUUCCUGAUUCCUCUUUUGAGAGUGAGAUUGCAAGCUGAAGGAUGAGGUGGGGCAGGCUGAUUAGCAUGCUGGUACACUGAGAAGAGUUUAUCCACCCAGGACAAGCAGCAGCAACUACACUUUCUCUAUCUAAACCAACUAUCAAACACCUGCUCUCAAUCAAGUAUCUGUCUGGAUAUUUCUCUCUCUCUCUCACACACACACACACACACACACACACACACACACACACACACAGCUAUGGCUGGCUGGCUCUGGCUGGGAGGGUAAUUGGUGUGCUGGUUGCCCUGGCAACCCAUCUGAUUCCUACUAAAAAGAGCCCUACUGUUACUGAAGACUUUUUAGUCCCCUUCUGCCUUUCUCUGGAGUUUAUUUGCACUUUGAGGAGGGAGAGGGCAGUGGCCGGAGCAGGAGUCAUGGACUCAUGAGGUGAGAAUGGCAGCACGGUGGCUGUUCGGCCCCCAGGAGCCCUCAGGCAAUCGGAGCCAAUAACGUGGGCACACACACGGGCAGAGCGGCAGGAGCAGUAUGCAGGAGGCUGACCUACCGGCCACCAAUGCUUUCACAGAGUGCAGAUUCUUGUGCACUAAUGGCAGAUGUCUGAACCUGGGCUCACAGGUCUGUGAUCAGCUAAACCACUGUGGAGACAACAGUGAUGAGGAGCACUGCCCAUUCUCCACCCAGCAUCCUGCAUCUGCAAUCUUCAGCUCUGAACUGGAGUUUGUGCAGAUCGUGAUCAUAAUUGUUGUGAUGACUGUGAUGGUUGUGGUGGUCGUCUGCCUCCUAAACCACUAUAAACUCACCACGUGGUCGUUCCUGAGCCGUGCAAGUCAGGGACAGAGUCAGGACCUUUCUUUGCAGCCGGAGGGUUCUUUGUGGCCAUCAGAAAAUGGACUGAGACAAGGGGCAUCUGAGGUGGUUUAUGCUCCUCAGCCAAGGGACCAAUUUACUGCUCCCACUUUCAUGCAGCAUAACCGCUUCAGACGUUUCCAGCCCACCUACCCAUACCUGCAGCACGAAAUCGAUCUGCCACCCACUAUCUCCCUGUCAGAUGGAGAGGAACCGCCGCCAUACCAGGGCCCUUGCACGCUGCAGUUGAGAGACCCUGAACAGCAGCUCGAGCUCAACAGAGAGUCUGUUCGUGCCCCACCCAACCGAACCAUCUUCGACAGCGACCUCAUCGACAUGCACAGUUCGGGGGGUGGCAGUGGGCCACGCCCUCCCAGUAGCAACUCUGGGAUCAGUGCUGCCAGUUCCAGUAUCUAUGGACGCAUGGAGGGCCCGCCACCCGCUUACAGUCAAGUCAUUGGACAGCACUCAGGCAUAGUACUUUACCUCCACCAGCACAGCAAUAACCCGCCUUUCCCUGUCACUGUGCAGACUCCUCCCAGGGGCCGGACAGAUCAGAGCAGCCCAGAGAGCACAAUAGCAUUGAGCAAGGACAGACAGAGGGAGGAGCUUGUGUGAGAGGGGUGGGGCUAGUACAUGAUUGGAUAUCACACUCACUCUCCACCCAUAAAGAGAACAGGUUCACCUUCUAGACACUCCCGUGCACAACAGAGCUUUAUGGGUCUUCGCAACACAAGCAAAACCAUUUGUUAAAAAAAUAACAAAGUGAAGCUGAGCUUACUAAAGAAUUUCUUUUUCUAUCAGACCAGCUGCGUUAACACUGCGGUUUAUGCACUGCCUGGAGUUUCCCACCUUUAUUGCUUUGAAUUAAUUGCAUAUAGCAUACAAUUAAGAAAAAUAUUCUAGCACAAGCCAGGCUUUUUGUUGUUGUCAUUGUUUUUAUUGAUUUUAUCAUUAAAUCCCCCUCGAACAUCUCCUCCUUCCCAAGCCACACGUGACACACUAGUUGUGUGGAUAAGAAUUACUUUUUUUAAAGACCUAUAUCUGUGCUACAUGAACAAAACAUAAAUGUGGAAAAAUAGUGGAAAUCCAUAUCCUAGUGCCAAGGUUUAUGUGGAAGGUGUCGUAGGGUGUUGACUGUCUUAAAGACUUGUUAAACACUUAAAUCAAAAACCUUCUGUGAAAUUUGCACUACUGUUAAAGUUAUUCAGACAAAUUUGGGAAGGUGGGGUGAUGUAUGUGUUUACUGUUAGUACUGUUUGUUUUCAUGUAGAUUUGAGCAUAUGCUUUAAUGCAGGCUUUCUAUGGGAGGGAAGUGAUCUUGUCUGUCUUAUCUGCACAAGAAAAAUCUCUAAUCCAGCCUAAAAUAGCCUUUGUCUAAAAGAGGCACAGAAUACAGAGAGUCUGCUCUACUCUCAUCUAUCCUCACCAGUGACACUUCAGCCACUUUCAAAAACUUCAGCUGAUUCAAGGUCAGUUGACUGGAGGCCUAAAAAUCUCACUUUACUAAUAGAAGUGAACAGGUUUGACAUGUUAUAAGAUGUUAUGUAAUUUAUUCUAAAUAGGUUCUGAAAAGAAGAGUGCACUGUAGCUGUGCGUGUUCUGUUCUCCAUCAGCUUGUUUAUUUGUAUUUUUUUUUGCCAUAAAGGGAUAGUUUGAAAAUUCAGACAUCCUUUACUCAUCCUCAUGCUGUGUCAAACCGGUAUGACUUUUUGGACCUGGCAACCUCAGUCACUUUCAUUAUAUACUGUAAUUUGUUCCAUACCAUGAAAGUGAAUGUUGAAUGAUGCUGUUGCAUUGAAGAAAGGCAUACAAGUUUGGAAUGGCAAAAGGAUGAGUAAAUGAUGACAGAAGUUAACUAACCCUGUAAACCCUCAAAACAAAAAAAACAUUAUUUAUGAGCUAGAGUCUGUGAAGAAAAUUACAGCAUUUUCAGAGGUUAAAGGUUAAAAUUGUACCAUUUCAUACCUUUUGCACCUUCUGUGAUUAAAAACUGAAAUACUUUUUAAACAAACCUGUAAAGUAAUCCAACACUGUACUGUAGUGGAUCUUGUCUUGGUAUCAGUUAUAACCUGCUCACAUUUUCCUUGCUUUCAUUUGAGUUUCCACCUCAGACGACAAAUUCCAGAACAGAAGUUUGCCAACUGACGUUCAUAGAAUCUUUUAAUCAAAAUGUCAGUGUGGUUGAAGGAUUACAAUUUCUGUUUUGCAUGCUGUAUGAUAUAGUCCCCAAUGAGAAUUAAUCAGGUUUAAAAAUGUGGUGAAGUCAAGGGCUAAUGUGAUGGGCAUUUUGAAAAUCUCUAUUUUUACCCUGCAAUCCUCUGUCCUGUUGCCUGAAAUCCUGAACACUGAUUUUCUCUUCCUGUCCAUAUCUGUUGCUCUUAUUUGCCACAU